ACUACGGAGAAAUCAAGCGGAUCGCCUGCUUUCCCCGCACUAAAAAUAUUCGCGCGCUUUUGUUAAAAAAUGACAGGCAACCAAAUUUAAAUAAAACAUCCAAUAAGUUACCAAUAUUUUGUACCUGUGAUUAAUAAUUUAGAUUGUGAUUUUAUAAUGAUGACGGUAUUAAAUUAAUUGAUUAUGUUUUAUACGUUGAUUGGAGUAGUAAAUGACAACGACCUUCGCGCCCGUUUUAUGGAAUUUUAAUAUUUUUUUCUUAGUCACUAAUUCCUGUAUGAAGACUCAAAAACAUGGAGUCUUUUAUAAAACAGGCCUUCGUCGUGAGCGGCGCUGCACUGAACAUAGCAGGACACGGCUGUGCUCAUGGCUACCCAGCUGUGCUCUUUGCGCAAAUCGAAAGCAGCAAAGGCGACUUCAAACUCAGCGACCACGACACCUCAUGGAUUGCUUCAGUUGUCGGCGUUAUGGGAAUAGUGGGUAACUUCAUAUCGCCGGUUCUAAUGACGAAGUAUGGCCGUCAAAAAGCUCAUCUCCUCACAACUAUACCAGCUCUACUCGGCUGGCUGAUAUUCGUAUUCGGAAACUCUGUCCCUCUAUUCAUUCUGGCGAGGCUACUCCACGGUCUGGCUUUAGGGCUAAGAACACCUUUAGCAGCGAUAUUAGUGGCAGAGUAUACGGACCCAAAGUACAGGGGAGCGUUCUUGGGGACAUUCGCCAUAUCACUAGGUCUCGGGAUCUUCUUGUCACAUCUUUGGGGAGCGCAUUUAACGUGGAAAAUGACUGCUGUGGUUUGUUCCAUGUUCCCGUUGAUCGCCAUGGCGAUAAUAUCGUUUUCGCCAGAGUCACCGAGCUGGUUGGUCUCCAAAGGUAAGUACGAAGAGGCUAGGAAGUCAUUUAGGUGGAUUCGAGGCGAAGGUCCCGUGCAAAUGGAGGAGUUCGAAGCGAUGGUUAAUGCACAGAAGGAAGAAGUUGCAUCGGAAAAAAACGAACCGGUAACAAAGAGGAAUGGAAUCUUCAAAACCGCGAUAAAUUCGAUAAAGAGCGUCCUCAGAGUAUUUAAGAAGAAAGAGUUUUAUAAGCCGGCUGUCAUAGCGAUUAGCAUGUUGGUCGUUUUCGAGUUCGGAGGAGCCCAUAUGUUCGCGGCCUACGGCAACACGAUCCUCCAAGCCGUUUUGGACAAAGAAAACGCCAUAGACGUGGCGUGGCAACUGACCGUGAUGGACUUACUCCGCACGAUCUGCGCGUUCUUGGCCAUCUUCCUUUUGAAAUACUGCAAAAGAAGAACGAUAUUAUUCACGAGUGGCCUCACGACGGUUCUAUCGCUCGCUUUUAUAUCUAGUUUUAUUUACAUGAGAAAAGCCGGUCUCUUCACGGCGACUUGGCUGCUGGAGCUAAUGCCGAUGUCCCUGAUGAUAUUCUACACGGUCUCGUUUUGCCUUGGCCUCGUUCCAUUGAACUGGGUUAUAUGUGGCGAAGUGUUCCCGUUAGCUUACCGAAGUCUAGGAUCUACUUUGUCAACGUCAUUUUUGACGCCGUCUUUUGUGAUCUCCAUGAAGACGGCCCCACAUUUGUAUUCUUCUGUGGGGGUCGAGGGAGCGUUCCUGGUGUACUCGGCCAUUUUAACGUUCUUCUUGAUAAUAAUGUAUUUUUUACUACCCGAAACCAAAGACAGGACCCUUCAAGACAUCGAAGACAGUUUUAAAGGCAAAAAGAACGCAGACCCGGAAGUACAAAUGACGCUUAUAAAUAAAACCGAUAGUGUGUUAGUCACGUAAGUUUUUAUUUUAUUAAAAUACAUAAACAACUGUGAUAGGAUUUCCAGCGAAUUAAAAAUUCUUGACUUAGUAAAUAGUGGGGUAAAUAUGGCCCAUAUUUUUUAAGCAUUUUUUUUGGUACAAGCAUAUUAUAACUAAACUAGGACAUACAAUGUUGGUAGCUAGCGAAGAUUAGCAACUCAGACUUAACAUCCAUAAUAUUCAAGUAUGAUCAAUAUUUACUUAUUUUAACAUUCAGAUACAUCAUUCUGUAAUUUAAAAAAAAUACAGUUAAUAUUUCAUUUAUUUUAUUAAAAAGAAAAA